AUGACAAAACUAAGAUGCAGUUUCACUGAUUGCAAUUCUAUGAUAAUAAACCUUGACGAUGAUAAAAUUGUCUCUAUGUCCGAUGAAAUCUAUGCAGCAUUCAAAUUAAUGCAACAAAAAGAUGGUUCCCAUAACAAUAAAUUCAUGAUUGUAAAUGACAUAUGGGAUUUCGAUAACGUCGGUGUUUCGAGAGAUAUACCGGAACAGGUUGUUGAUAACAAUGGUGAAUUGAUUGAAGUGGAAAUCAGUGAUGAACAAUGGUCCAUUUCAAAAUGUCUUAAAUAUUUACUAUGUGCAGAUUGCGACAAAGGCCCAAUCGGAAUGGUAUGUGAACUCACAAACAAAAGAGACAAUUCAAUCACAAAGACAAUAAAUUUGCUAAGUUUAAACAGUGUUUCGCAUAUAUAA